CAAAGCCAAAGUGCCCCCUCUCCAUUACUCCCCAUUAUUUGUCCGUAUCUAUCUGUCUAGUGGGUUUUUUGUGUUUUGUUUUGUGCAAAAUUUAGGUGGCAGGGUAGGGUAAUAAUAGGUCUACAGCAUAUUUAAAAACAAACUUUGGACCCAUAGUGGGGAACAGUGUUAAUGAUCACACAUAGAUGUAGUAAGUGAAUUAUGUAUACAGAAACAAGGUAUGUCUUUUGUCAAGGUGAAGACAUAUAGAACAGGAUUUUAAGUAGCAUGACUGCCCAAAUGGCAAGAUUGUGAUUUGGUUUUGUUUUUAAUUCUGAAUGGUGCUGGCUAAAAUAACAGAAAUAUCAAAACAGUUAUAAUGGCCAUGAUGAAUUUUGUAUAAAAGUGAACAGGUGUUGAUCAUUCUGUUUAAAUUAAAUGUCUUUAACUGUAAACAAGUUCAGACGUAGAUCUCUCCACACAGAUACAUGGGGUAUUAAAUUUAUAUGGAAAUAAUUACUUACAAAAGUUAUUUUUCAAGUGGUUAUUUAAAGACAUUAACAUAAACAAAUUAGACUUAAUGAACAUUGACUGAAGACUGGAUUUCCUAAAUAGUUAAAUUCUGACAAACUUAACAAAAAGUGUAAGUAAUUAUCUUAAUUCAACAUUUUUUGUUUUUUUUAAAGCAUUUUUGCAAAUGCUGAGAGCAGAUUACUAUCUUACAAGAACUCACUGUUUUAAACAGAGCCCUGGCUUUUAGGAUGUGUGGAUGUGCUUAAUUUUGACCUAAGGAAUCCCAGGAGCAGCACAGGACUACAGCUCCAGCAGACCUUGUUGUGUUCCUCACUUUGACUGCUCCCUGGUUUUGCCCUCAUAUUUUUUUUUUAUUUUUCAUUUUGGAAAAAUCCAAUCAUUUUAUCUAGGGCAAAAUCCUAUUUUACCAUACAAAAAUCCUUCAUUAUCUAAAAUAUUCUCUUUCAUUGGGCAUGGUGGUACAUGCCUUUAAUCUCAGCACUGGGGAGGCAGAGGCAGGUGGAUCUCUGAAUUUGAGGCCACCCUGGUCUACAUAGUGAGUUCCAGAAUAGCUGCGUAGCUAUGUAGAGAGACCCUAUCUUAAAAUAAAUAAAUAAAUAAUACAAAUAAAUAAAAUACUUACUUUCUCUUUUUUCAUGACAAAAAAUAUUCUCAUACUUUCUUUAAAAAAAUCUUCUCGUGUUUAUGUGGAGAAGGGAACCAGUUGAGACACCCUUGCCUAUAUGGGUGAGGUGGUAAUUGCUUCUGGCUGGUGUGAGAAGGUCCUUGGAUGUGAACAUGGCUCAGAGUUCCAGCAACUGCUCUGCCUGGGGACUGGCAUUUGGAAAAUGGAUAUUCUGGGACUGAAAAGGGCCCAUGAGGCACAACAGUUGUGUCCUCCACAUGAUGGAUAAGGAAUGGGGAGGUCAGCGUGGACUACAGGUCCAUUUUAUUAGGAGCAGAUAGAGCUGAGGGAUGCGCCCUACUAUGAAGGCCCUUCCUGAGCCAGGAGGUGUGAUCACAUGGCAAGUGGCCAGACCCAGGUUCCUCCUACAGUGGUUCUCGACUUUCCUAGUGCUGCGACCCUUUAAUACAUUUCCCCAUGUUGUGGUAACUCCCCAAACCAUAAAAUUAUUUUUGUUGAUACAUAACUGUAACUUUGCUAUUGUUAUGAAUCAUAAUGUAAAUAUUUGAAAUUUCCGAUGGUGUUAGGCAACCCCUAUGAAAAAGUCAUUUGAUACCCUUGGGGUCACGACCCACAGGUUGAGAACCCCUGUCCUAGCAGGUGCAUUCAGGCAACCAGGCUGGGAAUUGGAGACGGACACUGAGAAGUGAAGGAAACAGGAAGCAGAUGGCUGCCUUCCCAAGGGCGGGGCCCAGUGUGUCAUGCCAGCGCUUGCCUGUCUGGGUGUAUUCCGUGGGGUCCCAAGGAAAAUGGAUGUGUGCCACCUCCACUGGCACGCUCCAGUCCCUGCUUGGCAUUUGGUUUACAGUGAUUCUGGAGCCACCAAUGAGUUACCUCCCCAGUCUGCUGCCCAGAAGUGGGAACCAUUCCAGACACUCCUGACUCUGUGGUCCCAGGGUAGAGGAGAGAGAGGCAAGGCUGGAGCUUACUUAUAUCACACUAUUUAAAGGUGGGGUGUCUGGGGCUUGACUCUUUGCCUUUCAGUGGAUCAAGUCCUUCUAAUGGGGGAAGAAGAGACUUUGCUGGAACCUGAGCUUGGGAACACAGCUCUGCUGUAGGGACCCUGAAGAGGAAACACAGUUGUUGGGAGAUCACAUCUUCCCGCACAAAGGUGCCAUCUCAGUACCAGAGACCAAAGAGCCUGUACCUGAGUAACAGCAGAGAAGGAACAGUUUAUGUGCAUGCUGCAUACAAGUCAUAGCAUUAAAGCCAGAUGCUCUUUCUUCCUGAUCUACAGAUGAAGACAUACCUGCUCAGAGAGGAUAAGGGACAUAUCCAGCACCCCGUGACUAGGGCCUAGAAAGAGGAGGAGCCAGAGGAGUAAUCUUGUGCUGCUGACACAAUGUCUCUUCCCAGUGUUAAAAUCUGCUUCUCUGGAGACAGCAGAAACACACCCCCCUGAACAGGGCCUACAUGGGUCCUGGGAGGUUGGGAGGGAAGGUCAGGGGACUCACAUGGCUUCUCUCUUCUGCAGGCUCAGGGAAGGUGUGCAGGCAGGUAUAGCUGUCUCUCCUGGAUGCCAAGAUUUGAGACCCAGAAGAAGUCUCCCAUGGCUCCUUAUCACAUCCGCCAGUACCAGGACAGUGACCAUAAAAGUGUCCUGGAUGUGUUCACAAGGGGCAUGGAGGAGCAUAUCCCCACCACCUUCCGCCACAUGCUGACGCUGCCCCGAACCCUCCUGCUCUUACUUGGAAUGCUGCUUGCCAUGGUCCUGGUGUCUGGCUCCUGGCUGCUGGCUAUUAUGUGCAUCUUCUUUCUGCUUCUACUCCUGCAGCUCCUUGCCAGACAGCCUUGGAAGGAAUAUGUGGCCAAGUGUUUGCACACAGACAUGGCUGACAUCACCAAGUCCUACCUGAAUGCACGUGGCUCCUGCUUCUGGGUGGCUGAGUCUGGUGGUCAGGUGGUGGGUAUAGUGGGUUGUCUGCCAGUCAAGAAUCCCCCAUUUGGAAGGAAGCAGCUGGAGCUCCUUCACCUGUCUGUGUCCUCACAGCACCGAGGACAGGGGAUGGCAAAAGCCCUGGUCAGAACUCUCCUCCAGUUUGCACGGGACCAGGGCUACAGUGAUGUUGUCCUUGACACCAGUGUCAUACAGCAAGGUGCUGAGACCCUCUACCUGAGCAUGGGCUUCCGGAGGACAGGCCAGUAUUUCAUGAGUAUGUUCUGGAAGUUAGUGGAUAUUCCUACAAUUCAAUUAAAGUAUUCCCUCCCUUCUGCCUAGGAAGUGGGGCUGGGACCUAUGCUCCUGUGCAGCAAGCAGGCCUGCUCCUCUCUAGAGGAAAUAGUGAACCUUGUCAUGUCAGUGUGAUGAACAAUAAAAGCUCCUUGCUGGUGCACACCAGAUUCUAAUGCAUGUGAUGGCUGAGGUGGGGGUUUGGGGGUUCUGCUGCACUCUGGG